AUGCACAUCGGCACCCCCUUACUCCCCCCAGCCCCCACACAGUUCUCCACUCUAGACUACUACCACCAUGGUUUGGCUUGGCCCCCUGUGCCCAGUCCUCCACACCUUGGUGUCCUCUCCAGUCUCCCCCACACCUCUUCCUGUCCCAGUAGUCCAGCUAGCCGCUCCCAAGUCUGUGAAUGGCGCCAAAAACAGGACCCUAAACCUAAAUUUCAAGAAGGUGAAAGAGUUCUGUGUUUUCAUGGGCCGUUGCUUUACGAAGCAAAGGCAGUGAAAACCAAUAUCAAGGAGAAGCAAAUUAAGUACUUCAUUCAUUACAGUGGAUGGAACAAAAACUGGGAUGAAUGGGUUCCUGAAAGCAGAGUUCUCAAAUAUGUGGACAGCAACCUGCAGAAACAAAAAGAGCUUCAAAAGGCUAAUCAAAAUGCCGACGAUGACUCGAAGAUGGGAGAACAUAAAAAGCAUUAUGAUGUUGAGGGAAAGAUGAGGGGAAUAGCACCGAGCAAGAAGAUUGCUGCUGUGCAGCAGAAAAAUGUUGAUCUGAAAGCGAAAAAGACAAAACUAAAGACACCAGCGGCUGGAGGCACCAGCACAGGAGAGAUGCCACAGCCACCGCGGAAGAAGAGGGCUCGUUGCGACCCAACUGUGGAGAGUGAGGAGACGUUCAUCAACCGUGUGGAGGUCAAGGUGAAGAUUCCUGAGGAGCUGCUGAAGCCGUGGCUGGUGGAUGACUGGGACCUUAUUACCAGACAGAAGCAGCUUUUCCACCUGCCCGCGAGAAAGAAUGUGGAUACUGUCUUGGAGGACUAUGCAAGCUAUAAGAAAUCAAGAGGAACUUCAGAAAGCAAGGAGUAUGCUGUGAACGAGGUGGUGGCAGGGAUCAGGGAGUACUUCAACGUCAUGCUGGGCACUCAGCUGCUCUAUAAGUUUGAGAGGCCCCAGUAUGCAGAGAUACUAGCGGAUCACCCCGAUACACCCAUGUCCCAGGUCUACGGGGGCCCGCACCUUCUCCGGCUCUUUGUGAGAAUUGGCUCCAUGCUUGCCUACACUCCCCUGGAUGAGAAAAGCCUGGCUCUGCUGCUCAACUACCUGCAGGAUUUUCUCAAGUAUCUAAUGAAGAACUCCUCCCUCUUCAGUGCCAGCGACUACGAGGUGGCGCCCCCAGAGUACCAUAGGAAAGCCGUCUGAGAGGAAGGUGCAGUGGAGGGGGGGGCGGUAGACCCAUUCGGGAAAAACACCAAGCCUCUUCCAGACUACAUGUAACCUUCUCAAACCCUUUUGAGUGGAAAGCUGGACUGGAUUUUUUUUCACUUGGACUAUUUCUGGAGGUUCCCUGGAGUCGGUUAUGUCUUUGGAGCAGUGGUAGCUUUUAAGAUGUAAAGUGUGUUUCUUUCUUUCCCACCGGGUACGUAACACGAACGAGACAGGCAUGUUUUUCUCCCAAUAUCGGGGACUUUUCACCAUGAACAGCUCUGUAAUGUUUCUGUGCAUUCCAUCGGAUCUGUUUUGUCUGUUUUCACCUCAAUGACUUUGCAUGUGUUGAUUUAUGGAUAUUUGUUGGCAUAAAUUACAUAUGCGAUUUUGAUGCUAACCACAAUUUGUGCAAAGCAAUCGAAUUGAAAUGUCUUUGGUGGGAUACAUUAGCUGUGUUAUGGUUGGCUAUCAUUUUGUAAUAAAGAUGUUUCUACACAA